CCGGCCCUGGCCACAGGACACAACAUGCUCAUUAAAACAAUUUAACAUAGUGGCCCUGUCCGAUAUAGAUUAUUUAUUUAUUUAUUAUUGUGAUGCUAUGAACUAUGUAUAGUGUAAAUUGGAAUGAUCCACAUCUGUGCUCCCGGGUGUAUCUGUGUUUUCUUCCUGCCUGUGUACAUGACAUAAGCUACUGCUCAUAACCCAUUUCCCCUUGCGGGAUUAAUAAAGUUGUUGAUUGAGAUGCUGUGGUAAUGAAAGCAUUGCUGGAGGAAAUUAUAUUUGUUCAAAUAUUAAACUAAUUGUUUUAGUCUAAUACUAUGCAAUUGCCUUUGUGUCCUUCAAUCAGGCAAAUACAGAACUUAAAUAUUUAACGAAUAUAUCUUUUUUUUCUAUAAGGUUUUUUUCUGUUUAAAAAUAACACGUUUCCAAAUAAUAAAAAAAAAAACAUGGCACUUUUUUUUAAACAUGACAGGAUCCAGUUCUGUCAGACAUGUCAGCUUGUAAAACAAAGUUCAACAGUUUGCUAACAGGGCUCUCUAACAAUGGGCAGCUGAGGCUUUCACCGUCAUCAAUGGAGCGAAAGGUAACUGUUUAACCGACCUGAGGUGUGAUCAAUCUACGAGACAGAGCUGCCAGCAGAGCCAGGGAUCCAUAAAAUUAACAGACAGGUGAUGAGGCAAAAGAAGGAUUUAUGAAUUCCCCUUUACAACCCUGUAAAACCCCUUCACUGUUGAUUAACCCGUGAGAAAACUUUGCACCUGCGGUCACAUGACUGCAGAGCUGCAGGGCAAAACUGUUUAAAGGAGGCUUGUGGAUGGAAGGAAAGCACUCACUGAGCUAAGCACCUGCUGAGCACACCAACAACAAGAGACAAAGACUCUUCAAGACAAAUCGCUGUCACCAUGAAGGCCACACUCGCCACCAUCACUGUCCUCGUCCUAGCUCUCAGCUGGACCUCUGAGGCGGUGCGGGUUGAAGAGAAUGGAUUGUCUUUCUCUCUGGAAGCCGUCAUGAGGCUCCAGGAGCUGACAGAGAGCAGCGGAGCAGGACAACAGAGCCCUCGACUCAGGGCGAGCACCGGGUCCCUGUGUGCCGACCCCAUGCUCCCCCAGGAGUUCCUGCCCCUCUGCAGGCUGAGAGGAGCAUCUGCAUCCCUGUCCAGACUAGCUAUGGUUCCCAUGGACGUCUGUGAGAUCUGCGCUUUUGCUGCCUGCACCGGCUGCUAAGCAAGCAACAAACACUUUGCCCAGCUUAAUACUUGUGAUUUUUUUCCUCCCCCUCACAACUAUAGUACUUCAGAGACAGUGACAUUAUGUUCCCUGACCAGAGAGGCUCUGUCUCCGGUCUUUUGGCACUUAAUAGAGCAAACUAAGCCCCCAAAAAGAAAGAAAUCAAACAACGUAUCUUGUUGUUGUGGAUUUCUGUAAACUGUUACAGUAGCUUAUUUCCUUUAUUUUUCAUUUCCAUCAUGCCUUUUAUUUUUGGAAUGUGUUUGUUGCAUUUCUAUCUUACCAAGCUUUGUACUGUACACAUAUUUAAAAGUUCCUAUUUUCUUGUUUCUUAACAUUGUUUUAAAUAAAAG